AUGAUAGUAACUGAUAAUCAAGAAGAUAAUAAUCGUUUGGAAACUAUAUAUCGAUCGGAAUAUAGUCAUGUUAGUUUAACAUGUGAUUUAAAUGAUGUUGCUUGGUGGAAACGGCCAAAUUUAUUAGCGACACGAUAUGGAAUUAUUCUAGCAAAAUAUCGUUCGAAAAUGAAUUUAAAUCGACUUGAUGAUGGAACUAUGACAAGUGGAAUUCAAUUAAAUAUACUAAAUAUUCGACAUCUUCAAUCGAAUGAUUCCGGAAUUUAUGAAUGUGAAACACUAGGAGCCAUCCGACAGUUCAAUUUAACUGUAACAGUUCGUCUUGCUACAGUUGAACUUGGUGUUCAACUUCUAUCAUCAUACGAUUCACCCAUAAGUCAUACAUCAAAUCAAACCGAUAAGAAUCUUUUACAUCAAUCAUCAUCAUCAUUGCCAAACCAUACGCUUUUUAAUUCAUUAUCGUCAAAUAAUGACCAUAUACGUUUGCGUGAAAAUCAACUAAUACGUAUUACAUGUGUUGUAACACGUUCUCUACCAACUGCGUAUCUUCAUUUUCCGUAUGAUAUUGAAUAUCGUAUAGAAAAAAAUUCAACAAUAUUAAACGACGAUAAAACUUAUCGAACCAUUCUUGUUCUAGUUCUACGUAUUAAUCGUUCUUUUCAUAAACGUAUAUUUCAGUGUGAAGCUACUCAAACAGAAUUAAUUAAUCAUGAAAAUCAACAGCAGCAUCAUCAUCGAAUAUAUUCCAAUAAACUCUGGCUCGAUGUCCUGUAUGGUCCAACAUGUUCUCAUAGAAUUCAAUAUCCACCACAGUUCUUUACUGGUAUUCAUCGUUCAAUAAAUUUAACUUGUUUUAUGAAUGAUGCAAAUCCAUCGAAUUUAAAUUUUACUUGGAUUUUACCCGAUGGAAAUACACACAUAGGAUAUUAUAUAAAUUCAACUUCAAAUUAUCUUACCGUUCUACCCAAUCAUAGUGACGAUUUCGGACAAGUUAUUUGCCGAGCUGAAAACGAAUUAGGCCUAUCUGGCGAAUGUCAUAUUAAUAUGGUCAUGGGCGGUAUACCUGAUCCAAUUGAAUCCUGUCAGCAUACCUAUGUCAAUACGACAUUAACAGUUAAUUGUGUUGCUGGAUUUCAUCAAGGCGAUGAAGAUUUUUUUUGUUACAUGUAUAAACGACAAGACAAUGGUAGUUUUUCUGAGCACGCACGACUAAAAGGCAAUUGUGCAUUUAUUCUUCCUGAUCUUAAACCUGAACGACAUCAUGAUUUUCGUGUAUUUACAAAAAACAAAUUUGGUGAUAAUUUCGACCGAGGUUAUGUUAUUGCAGUUGGCAAGCCCAGAGUUGAAACUCUUGCAGAAAAAACUCGAAAUAAUUUACCAUAUAUAGCUCUCUGCAUCGUAGGUGCAUGUCUCGUAUCGUUAUUGAUGAUUUGCUGUUGUUGUCAUCAUAUUCGUCGAAUGAAAUAUAAGAGAAAAAUAAAAGGCAAUUUUGACAGUCUUACAUAUCAAAAUCAUAAUCCACAUACUUAUUCAAAUUCAAAUGGAAAACAGUCUUUAGUACAUGCAAAACACAAUGGCAAUGGAACAGCAUAUCCUGUCCGUCCUUAUCGCUCGAAAGAUUAUUUAAUAUCUAAUGAUGCAUCAACAUCACAUCGUAACGUGCCUCCAGUACGAAGUAUCUAUUCAACCGACGAUGAAAUCAAUGCUUCGAGAAGAAACACAUUAAAAGAAACUGAUCUUGAUCAAUUACUUGGUUCAACCAAUCCCGCUGGCUCGUCUGCAACGGCAACAAUUAAAACCUUGCCUUUAACUCGUACCCGUCCAUUGUUUGCUGCAUUCGGUCCUCAACUACAACAUCAUACCGAUGAAACUAUGCCACAACCGUUGACAAUUCAACGCCGGUCAAGUUUUCAAGCUGCAACGAAACUAAACGGCUUUGACUUUUAUAAAUCUCAAGAGCCAUUCUAUUUAAUCGAUAGGCAAAUGAUGAAAAUGAAUCAGAGAAAUAACUAUUCACCGGAACGUGACCUACGCGAACGUGAACAUUAUCGUGAAAAACGUCGUGAAUACUCUCCGAAUUCAAGAGAUGACCAUCUAAUUGAUAUUAAUCGACAGCAUCUACUCGAUGCAAAUCGUAGUCGAGAAAAUAGCGUUAUUGUCGAAAAUAAUAUGUUAACAACAACAACAACAGCCGAUCAAUUAAGUACAGUGAGUUCAAAUAAUGAUCACCAAUGGCGUGAAAUGAGCGCUGUCGAUGAAAUUGAUUAUCAAGAUCGUUAUAUCGAUACAAAUGAUGAUAAUGAUCAGCAAGAUUUAAAAGAUACGCAUGAUGAUAACGAAAAUUUUAAUACAAACGAUGAUUAUCAUGAUCGACCAAGUUUCGAUCGAGUAUCUAUUGAUUAUCACCGUGAUGAUGAUACAACAUUUAUUAACUAUGAGCGUGAUGAAGAUCGUUAUCGUGAUGAUGGUAUUUAUGUGUGA